GGCCCGAGAGGCCAGAACUUGCGACAGUUGUCGCUCGGUCGCUCUCAGAGAGCCAUCUCAGUUCCGCCGUAAGCCGGUUCCGUUCGAAGGGUUUCUAAUAAAAGAAUCUUUGGAGGUAUCUCAAAGGAACUCUCGAAGAAAGUAACAUUUAACGCACUCCCAAGUACUUUCAAGGGUCUCUCGGGGAACUCACGAGGAGCUGUCGACGAGACUAGGAAGAAUUUAUUAAUCAGUUUGACGUUAGUUGCAAGAUUUCGGGAUGGUGAAUCUGAAGAACGCUCUGGGCGCUGACGAGCUCACCGAUAAGAAAGUCGGUCUCCCUCGUGCCCUUCUGGCGGAAUUUCUCGGCACCCUGUUACUCAACUUCUUCGGCUGCGGUGCCGUGGCGACCGAAAAUGUCGUCGCUAUUAGCUUAGCCUUCGGCCUUGUGGUGGCGGGUGCAAUUCAAGGAAUAGGUCACGUUUCCGGAGGUCAUGUCAAUCCAGCGGUCACGUGUGGUCUCGUCGUCAUCGGCAAGGUACCAAUUAUCAGGGGUAUUCUGUACAUCGUGGCGCAAUGCGCGGGUGCUAUCGCGGGUUCGGCGAUCCUGCGGGCUCUCUCGGCCGACAUAAUGGAGCCUUUCCUAGGCGUGGUGAGACUCUCCCACGGGAUUAGUCCGGUGCAAGGAUUUGGCGUGGAGUUCUUCCUCGCGUUGAUCUUAGUGCUGGUAGUUUGCGGGGCGUGCGAUGCCGCUAAACCGGACAGCAAGGGCAUCGCGCCUCUCAUAAUCGGUCUGACGGUCACCGUCAGUCAUAUCGUUGGCAUACCGCGAACCGGAGCGGGAAUGAAUCCGGCACGUUCGUUGGGUAGCGCCGUAGUGAUGGGUAUCUUCGACAACCACUGGGUGUACUGGAUAGGUCCGAUUAUGGGCGGUAUCGCUGGUGCACUCAUCUACGUACAUGCAAUUGGACCCGCUAAGCAACCGGAAGUGCCUGCCAGAACUUACGCUUCUGUCGCAACCGAGGAAAAGGAGAGGUUCGAGUACAUUGACAGCGGACGUGGCGGACUUUAAAAUAAGAAGAUGCCCAGACAUACAAGAGCGAUCUAAUAAUUCGCCUGUAGAAUAGAACUUCUACGUAAUAGUAAUAAUAAUAAUAAUAACAAAAAGGGGACCGCCAACAUGAAAGAAUCGUUGUUUUGCAGCUCCAGAAUCUUACCAGCAGGAAAAACGCCAGUCCCGCUUGAUGCACUAACAACUCUGUCUUUCUCUGCCAACUCGCCAAUCUUACAUCAAUAAUGUGAUAACAGCUAUUGGCUUUUACAUAAAAACUGCGCGUAUAUUUCAAAACUAAAGUUUAUAAAAUUGCAUUGCUUUCUGACGGGAUGAUCUUAAAAAAGGCGAUCGUGACAAUGUCGCUUUUUACUGAUCGCCGAGAACGUAGGACGAUCUCAAUUAAAUGUAAUGUAAUUUUAAAAAUACUUCUUAUACGAAAUAAUUUAAGAAAUAAUUACAAAACGUAUCAUCAGAAAAAGAA